AUGACCAGUGUACAGACAACCAUCCCCUUUACUAUCAGGAAAAAAACGACGUUUUACGGAAGUAAAGAAAAUGCUCAAAAGCAGGACUUCACUGGAGCAGCUUUAAGAAGCACUCCUAGCACCAAGUAUACUUCAAUUGUAAAGAAAAUUGUGACUGUGAGUUCAAGUGAAUCUGAUUCUGAUUCCGAUGCAGAGAAUCUUGUUCAAGCAAGAGGAAAUUAUAGAAACAAUAUUGAGAAGGAGAAUAACAUUGCGAGGACUCCAAGAAGGAUACGAAAGUCGAGCAGUUCUGAGGAACAAGGUUGUACUCCACCAAAGCAAAAGAAAACUGAGAAACAAGUUUCUCCUACAACACCAGCAACUCUACUGAAAAGACUUGACAUAGCAUCCUCUCCUGAAGGUAUAGAGAGACUAGCACCAAAAAGACUUUUUGCCUCUGAAAAAUAUCAGAAUGCACGUAAAGCUUUACACAGUUCCACACCAGAAAAUUUGCCUGGUAGAGAAGCAGAGUUGGCUCAGUUGUACGAUUUUAUGUAUGUACAUAUGAAGAAUAAAACCUCUGGUUCACUUUAUGUAUCGGGACCACCAGGUACUGGAAAAACAGCAUGUCUCUCUAAGACGAUGCUUCAUCCAGAAUUCAAAUCUUCCUUCAAAAUAAUUUAUGUAAAUUGCACAACCAUGAAAUCAGCUACUACAAUCUAUGCUAAAAUUGUGCAAGAGUUGGGUCUAGGUAUAACUAAAUCAGUACAAGCUAGUAAGGCAGCUAUUGAAAAAUAUUUAAUAUCCAAUCAUAAAAUGAUUCUAUUGAUACUUGAUGAGAUAGAUCAACUAGAUUGUAAAAAACAAUCUGUAUUGUAUUCUAUUUUUGAAUGGCCAUCCAAACCAAAUUCAAAAUUGAUCCUUGUUGGUAUUGCCAAUGCUUUGGAUCUUACAGAUAGAAUAUUGCCAAGACUUCAAGCAAGAUGCGAGUUGAAGCCUAAAUUGAUGCAUUUCGCUCCUUACUCUAAACAGGAAAUUGUUAAUAUUAUAACUGACAGAUUAAAGCAGGCUGAUGUUUCGGAUGUUUUUACGACAAUGGCGAUGCAAAUGCUGGCCGGGAAGGUGGCCGCCGUUUCUGGUGACGUCAGAAGAGCUUUGGAUAUCAGCAGAAGAGUGGUUGAAUUAGCAGAAUCUCAGAACACAGCCCAAGUUCUACAGCCAACAAACCAUAAUGAGAAAAAUACAGGAAGCCCUAAGAAACAAAACGUACAUGUUGAGAAACCUGUCGAUUUUAAAGAAGUUGUUACUGUGUUGAAUGGCGUUUAUGGCGGUUCUCAAAAUAUUAACAAAGACGAGAAUACAUUUCCUUUGCAACAGAAAUUCUUGUUGUGUUCCCUGAUGCUAAUUCUUAACAAAGGCAAGAACAAAGUUGUUACAAUUGGCAAGCUGCAAGAGGUAUACAAAAAAGUAUGUCGAAAGCGUAAUAUUCAUGCCGUCGACAUUUCGGAAUUCGUUGGUCUUUGUUCUUUGGUGGAAACUCGCGGAAUCAUUCGAGUAAGCGGCAAGAAAGAACCCAGAUUGUCGAAAGUUCACUUACAAUGGGAUCAGGAUGAACUAGGAGCAGCCUUACAAGAUAAACACUUGAUGGCUGAGAUUAUUAAUGACGUUACAUGCUUAUAAAUAAUUUACACUUAAUGUAUUAAUUGUUUUAGAGAUAACAGUUUUACAUGCACUUUUUUUCUCUUAAUUUUCACGAAUACAGUCUUUUAUCCAAACUGUCGCCUGAUGCAUGAAAUUUUCAUUAUUGGAAUACAGUUUUUAAAUAUAUUAGAUUCAUUGCAUUACGCUGUAUCGCUGUACUUUAUUUAUACGCUAUUUUCAUUUAAGAAACCAAUGUUUGAUAUAUAUUUUAUGAUCACACAUUCAUGUUUAUGAUGUAUUUUUAUAACAAAAAACUCGAUGAUGUUACAAGUGCAUAAAUAUAAAAUAUACUUGUUUGAAAUAUA